CUUGGGGAACACCACGACCAACGGCUUUUCCUUGAGGCGCCGCGCAUCUCACAAGCAACAACCACAAGGCCGGUGCUGGUAGGCUCGAGGCACUGGUUGCUCAACGUCAACUCGCUCACCUGCGUGUGUGAGGCAAGCAGCUAACAGAACAGCACGCCAUCGAGGCUGUGAUGUCUGCAUCAAGUGGUGGCGCUGCUGGCGCAGGAGCUGGCAAGAACCGGCGGUUCACGCUCGAGCAAGUAGCGGAGCUGCAAGGGCACGUUGUCAUUAACGGUAUGGUGUACGAUAUCACCGAUUGGGUCAUCAAGUCCGGCGGAGACGUGCCAUGUGGCGAGGCGUUGGCGUCCGUCAUGGGCAGAGACGCCAGCGAGGCGCUUCGGGCAAGCAGCCACUUUCACUCGAGUGAGGCUCAAGCACUGAUCGAGUCGAUGCGUGUCGGCGUCGUGGCCUCGGUCCGCGACAUGGAGCUCGAGUCGCCGUCGCCGUCGUCGGUGGUCGGCCUUGGCAACGACGAUGCAAGCGCUGGGAGGCUGGCCCAGAGUGGAGGCGGAGGCGAGAUCGAGGACGCGGGGGGGCGCGCCGGCGUUGCUGUGACCGACACGACUGCUCGUGAUCCACAGCACGCCAUGGACGAGUCCGAUGGCGAUUCCGACGAGGACGACGCCGCGGCAAGGGCUCGGUCCGGCGGUAGCGGCGCUGGCGCGAAUGGCGCUCCGCCUCCGUCCGCAGGCUCGGGAGGUGCCGAGGCCACCGCCAUGGUGUCGUCACCGGUCGGCGACGGCGAGAGCGCGCCGGGAACAGAAGCCAGCUCAGACGUCAUUGUUGUCCGCAACCCACACACCCGUCCUCUUCACAAGCUCUCGGUCAACCUCAUUGUGACGUACAACCACAUCAACGAAGUGUACUACGCCGCAAAGAAGAAGGCCAAGGCUGCGGCCAAAAAGUCGUCGCACGACGAUGCCAACUUUGACUACAUCAUCAAGCCUGGCGAGGUCUUUGACAACCGAUACGAGAUUAUCUCGCGCAUCGGCCGCGGCUCGUUUGGCCAAGUCGCCAAGGGCUACGACCGGCUCAACAAGGAAAAGGUGGCCCUCAAAAUCAUCAAGAACAAGACGGCUUUCUUCCAGCAGGCCAAGAUCGAGCGCCAACUGUUGCAGCUGCUCAACAGCGAGGAUCCGGAGGACGUCCACUGCAUUGUUCGCCUCCGCGACACCUUUGUCUACCACUCGCAUCUCGUACUUGUCUUUGAGCUCCUCUCGUACAACCUCUACGACCUGCUGCGCCACACAAACUUCCAAGGCGUCUCGCUCAACCUCAUCCGCAAGUUUGGCGCCCAGAUCCUCCUCGCCCUCCACUUUAUGUCGCGCCCGCACAUCAACAUCAUCCACUGCGACCUCAAGCCCGAGAACAUCCUUCUACAGUCGCCGCAGCGCUCCGCCAUCAAGGUCAUCGACUUUGGCUCCUCCUGUCGCUCCAACGAGAAGCUCUACUCUUACAUCCAGUCGCGCUUCUACCGCUCGCCAGAAGUCCUGCUGGGCAUCCCCUACACCGCCGCCAUCGACAUGUGGUCGCUCGGCUGCAUCCUCGUCGAGAUGCACACCGGCGAGCCGCUCUUCGCCGGCCGCACCGAGGCGGACCAGAUGGACAAGAUCAUCUCGGUCUGCGGCAUGCCUCCGGUCGAAAUGCUCCGCGCUGGCGUCAAAGUCUCACGCCACUUCCGUCUCCCGGACCAGUCGUCCGACGAGUACGUCUACCUCCGCAAGGACAAGAUCAAGCCGCGCAGACUCGAUGACAUCGUCGGCGUCGAGACCGGAGGCCCGGCCGGCCGCCGUAAGAGCAUGCCCGGCCACUCGCCGGCACACUACCGUGUGUUUGUCGACCUCGUCCGCCAGAUGCUCAUCUACGACCCGGACACGCGCAUCAAGCCCGCCGCUGCCCUCAAUCAUCCGUUUAUCAUGCAGCGCGAAGAGCUUCACCCUGCUGACGGCUCAGCGUCCGCCGGCGCGCAUCCCGCGCCGCCCAACCCGGACGGCUCGGCCGCACCACCGUCAUCCGACGCCGUUGCCGCAGACGCCUCGGCCGCAGACAUGACCAUCGAGGACGACUUUGACUCGAAUAUGGUAGUGGAGAAGCCAUCAUGAACAUACAGAUCAUUCCCC